GACCAACUUUUUUAAAAUGACGGCGAUACAAGCCAAGUCCAUUCCUCCUCCUGCUCCCUCGUCGCUCUCAGAAUCCAUUCUCUUUUUGUUCCAUUCUCUCUUCCUCUUCAAGCCUCCCUCUCUUCUUUCCCUCUCUUAAAUCCUCCUCAUUCACUCCCUCAAUCUCCAACCUGUUCACACUCUCUGUCUCUCUUUCUCUCUCCAUUGUAGUCUGCAAUGCGUGGAUUAGAGCUCUGGUUCAAUGAGUUGAUUGCAUCGGAAUCGCACGAUCUUCGAUUCACCAACGAUUCCACUACGAUCUGCUUCGCCAGCGGAGGUUUGUUCCUCGAUUCGACUCUUCCUUCUAACUUCCUCUCCUUUGUUUCGACGAAGACCUCUUCGAAUGCUUUGUCCUGUUUUCGGCGGACUCGCCGGCGGCCGAUCGGAGGGUUUUUGUCGGUGAGCUUGACGAUUAAGGGAAGUGAGGUAGGGUUUGGCCAGGAAUCGACCGAGAUUUUGGGGCAAAAUGGAGAGAAGAGUGAGGAGGAGGAGGAGGAGGAGGAGGCGGUGGUGUUGGAGGAGGUUAGGAAGGAGGAGAAGUUGCGGCGAGGAGGAGGAGGAGGAGGUGCUAUGAAUACCACCAAGCACCUAUGGGCUGGUGCUGUUGCUGCUAUGGUUUCAAGAACUUUUGUUGCCCCACUUGAGAGACUAAAGUUGGAAUAUAUGGUUCGUGGUGAGCAGAAGAAUCUUUUUGAGCUAAUCAAGGCCAUUGCAGCUUCUCAAGGUCUGAAAGGGUUUUGGAAAGGAAAUUUUGUCAAUAUUCUCCGCACGGCUCCUUUUAAGGCUAUCAACUUUUAUGCUUAUGAUACGUAUAGAAAUCAACUGCUCAGGAUGUCCGGGAAUGAGGAAACAACCAAUUUUGAAAGGUUCCUUGCUGGUGCUGCAGCUGGAAUUACAGCUACUGUGCUUUGCAUACCUAUGGACACGAUCAGGACAAAGAUGGUAGCACCUGGUGGGGAAGCAUUGGGUGGUGUGAUUGGUGCUUUCCGCUACAUGAUCCAAAAUGAAGGGUUUUUUUCUCUUUACAAGGGCUUAGUGCCCUCAAUUAUAAGCAUGGCACCUUCAGGUGCUGUCUUUUACGGUGUUUAUGAUAUAUUGAAGUCAGCUUAUCUGCAUUCACCAGAAGGAAGGAAAAGAAUUCAACACAUGAAAGAACAAGUAGGGGAACUUAAUGCUUUUGAACAACUGGAGUUGGGUACUGUUAGAACAUUAAUAUAUGGGGCAAUUGCUGGUGCUUGUUCUGAAGCUGCUACAUACCCAUUUGAAGUUGUGAGGAGACAGCUUCAGAUGCAAGCCCGGGAAACGAAGAUGAGUGCACUGGCAACUUGUGUGAAGUUGGUUGACCAAGGUGGUGUUCCUGCUCUGUAUGCAGGACUAAUUCCUAGCUUAUUGCAGGUUCUACCAUCAGCUGCUAUAAGUUACUUCGUGUACGAGUUCAUGAAAAUAGUUCUCAAGGUGGAGUCAACAUAAAUUUAGCUAGUGCUACACCGGGAGACACUUGCGUAAGUUAAUGUCGAUCAUGUGGUUGCGUUAUUUUUCUCAAGGAGCACCUGAUUUUUGUGUGUUUUCCCCCUGAAUUUACUCAAUAAUGCUUUUUGUGGGCUUUAGUGAGGCAAACAUGAAUAUUUGGUUCAUACAUCUUUUCACACAGAUUCAAAGCAAUUUUACGAGGAACUGAGAUGAAAAUUAUCUCACUUUCAACUUUUUUUAAUGUAGCAUAGAAUAUCAGAUGGCCUGAAUUGGAUCAUCUAUUUUUAGUUAUUGUGCAAUGCUCAAGGUUAAUGCAAACUUCUUUGACCUUAUGUUAUAUGAUAAUGAGACUAUGUCAGACACUCGACACUUGAACAAGAGUAUGGAAAUAUAUGUUGACA